AACAGUGGGAGGGCGGAGUUUUGGAUCGGAAAGUUCUCGCAGCCGAUACUAAACUCUCGGACCCACACGGACAUUGACUUCGGGGAGGACGAGGAUGGCAACUCCGGGUUUCGGAAACGGAGGGGCAGCUGCUGCUGGAGGAGGCGGCGGCGGCCUCGGCGCCAGUGGCUCGGCUUUCUCCGUCAGCCCCUUCCCUGUGUCGGGCUCUGGAGCCGGCCUGGCUCCGCUGGUCGCCGUGUGGGAGUGGGAAGACGAGGCGGGCCGCUGGAGGCCCUACAGCAGCCGUGUGAGCGAGCACAUCGAGCGCAGCCUCCAGCAUUUACAAGGAGCGGCUGCGGCGAAAGGAAUCAACAGCAUCUCCCUGGGCCAGGCCGAGCCGAGGCUGGCCCCCUACAUCAUCGAUAUCCCCACACUCACCCAGUUCCGACAGGACACAGGAAGAAUGAGACGAGUUAGGAGGCAACGAUAUGCUCAGUCAUCUGCACCAGGACAAGGAUUAUUAUGGCAGUGGGAAAAUGAUGAAGGUGGCUGGACAGCCUAUGAAACGCCCAUCUCCAUUUUCAUAGAGGAUUGUCUUAUUGCAAACCAGCAGACAGCUGAUUUGGGACACUUUGGUUACAACUACAUAGUGAAUUUCACCAACUCAUGUCAAAUAAAUAAAACCACUGGGUUCAGAAGACGAGUUCAAAGACUUUCUGAUGCACCCUAUCCAUCAGCUGUUUCUGGCUCAACGCAUGGAAGUCAAAUCUGCUCUUGCAACCAAUGUUUAGCUUAUACUGGCUCUGGGCCUAUUUCAAAUCGUAGUCGAUACACUGUAUCCAACUUGGCAGGCCCUUCUACUCAGCUAAUUUCUAAUAGAUCAUCUCUAAUAAUGCCUCAUAACCAUGGAUACUCCCCUUAUAACAAGAGACCAGCAUCAGGGGGCCCUAUGCCUUUUGUAAAUCCCAGUCGGCCGGUUAAUGCAGCAGGUAUUCCAGGUCAAUCUACAACCGCUGGCUCUCAGUUCACCAAUGGUUCAAGCAUUCAAACGUUGCCAGUACAGCUGAAUGGUCCAAACAAUGUAUUCCCAGCAUUUGCAGGCAUGACUGCAAUUCUGAUGUGUGCUGCUGGACUGCCUGUGUGCUUCACCCGCGCAACUAAACCCGUACACAAACCUGACUCAAGAAAAAGCGGUAAAAAACUCAGCACUGCCCAAGAUAAAUCAUUUAGGAGAUCGAAGAAAGUAUCCAGAAAAGAAAUGGUAAAGGAUCCGGAGGAGGUGGUAAACAAGUAUAUGAUGAGAAUAGAAGAAAUUCCAGAUGAGGACUGUAUAAUCUGCAUGGAGAAGCUGAGUGCCUUGUCUGGCUAUGAUGAAAUGUCCAGGACAAGAACCAUUCGGCCAGAUACAGUGGGGAAGUUCACAAGAUGUGGCCAUGUCUUCCACUUAUUGUGUAUGAUGGCCAUGUAUGAAAAUGGAAACAAGGAUGGCAGUUUACAGUGUCCUUCAUGUAAGACCAUCUAUGGUGAAAAGACUGGAACACAGCCAAAAGGAAAGAUGGAUAUUUAUUUAUUACCACAGUCACUGCCUGGAUAUGCAGACUCUGGAUCUAUACAAAUUGUGUACAAUAUCCCACCUGGUAUUCAGGGUCCAGAGCACCCUAACCCAGGCAAACCAUAUACUGCCCGUGGCUUCCCCCGGCACUGUUACCUGCCUUACAGUGAAAAGGGCAGACAGGUCCUGGAGCUUCUCAAAGUAGCAUGGAACAGACGGCUGAUUUUUACUGUGGGAACAUCGAGCACAACUGGGGAAAUGGACACAGUGGUUUGGAAUGAAAUUCACCAUAAAACAGAGAUGGGGUCCAAUGUAUCGGGGCACGGAUACCCUGACCCCAACUACCUAGACAAUGUCAUUGCAGAGCUGGCUGCUCAGGGCGUCACAGAGGACUGUCUUCGGCAAUAAUUGAUCAUGUUUUCUCCAAUCCAGUGGAGAGCCUGUAAAAGGGUUUGGACUUCUGCACUUUGCUUUAGUGCAAGCUGUGUUUUCAUUAUUCCUUUCUCCUGCUUGUUUUGUAAAAUGCAGAAUCAGUUUUCAUAGCUGUGCAUGGUGAAGCAAGGGUGCACGGGUUGCAUCUUCCUAAAGCCAGAUGUCUCUCUUAACCACACCAGUGAUUUUUCAUUCAAAGCCAGACCGCGCUGAGCUGGACUCACAUGUUUUCCCCUUCUCUAUCCCCUCCUCCUCCCCAUCUCCUCCUGGCACCUUGCAACAUGUUUACAUAGCGUUGGCCAACAAAAGCUUCAACAAAUUGGAUGUAGUUACAGUUUCUUGUGCAUUGUCUGAGAUGUUGCAUUUUACCAUAGCAGCCAUGUUAGAAAUUGUAGCAUCUGAAGUUCUUCUAUGUAUCCUUCUGUUGAUCAAGUUUUAGCCGUGAGCAUUAAAGUAGAACAGAAUCUGAUCCACAGUGGAAUUUCUGUAAUCUGUGCACCACUGGCUACUCAAAGUGGGGCUAGCAGAGGAACCCUUAUAACAUGCACUAUUAUCUGAUUCUAAUAGGUUUAGGCAGUGGAGCAUUAUAAGAGAAUCUAUUUUUUACAUCCUAGGACAUUAAGGCAGUGACAUUUUGAAGUAUGUGAAAUACUAUUUUAUCCUUACAGCAUGAGGCUCUAAAAUCUUGUGUGUUACUAUUUGGGAGCAAAUUGUGUAGUUUUGUGCCCAAUUCUACUGCUUGUUUCAUACCUGGGGCAAGGCAUGGUAACCUGCAAUCAGUAAACACAUCACUUUUCUACUGGUUUCUAUUGUGCUCAGGGAAGCCUAGUAAUUAAGUGAUUAUAGUAAUAAAUAAUUUUUUCACUCGCAAAAUGGUUGCGACAAAUUGUGUACCAUUUAAAUUGCAGCGUUACAGAAUAUUUUGGUUUUACCUUUCAUUGCCAGUAAUGACUGAUGGAAUAGAAAUCUUCUCUGUGGCAAAACUACACUGAUUAGUGCAUCAUUUUUCCCUUGUAUUUAGAGCAGUUGCCCUUAAUAUAGGAACUGAAUUUCACCCUGAACCCCAAACCAUGUCACAAUAAUGAUCUGCCAGUUGAUGAUAAAAUCACUAGGAUACGGAAGUCCUGAGACAGAUAUUCCUAUUAUUAAAGCUUGGGGGUGAAUAUACAAACUUAAUAGAGAAAAUAGGUGGGCAAAGACUAGAAAGAGAAAUUGCUACAGUUCUUCUCAUAAAUGGUAUGAGGGAUAGGGGCCAAAUGCAAGUUAAUGGGAUUAGUUUAAUUGUGAAAACUGGACAGCAUGGGCAAGUUGGGCCGAAGGGCCUGUUUCCAUGCUAUAGAACUCCAUGAUUCUAAAUAUGUGCAAUUUUCUCACUUUUUUUUUUCUUCCUGCUGUAGCUAUGAAAUUCAUUCAAUUGGGGUACACUGUAAUGCCAAAUAGGAUAUGUGUACAUAUUUCUUAAUUUAGAGAUGAUGCUCAUAAUACUUUGAAUUAUGUAGAGAAUCCUCUGUAAAAUUUUCUUAAAGACAGCAUGUUGAAAGGGAAGAAAAUGUGCAGUUUCCACAGGAGUGCCAUUGAUCUCCUCACACUGCUUUCAUGGAGUUUAUUGUUCCCACUCAUUUGAUAUGAUUAGAUUCCCUAGAGUAUGGAAAGAGGCCAUUUGGCCCAACAAGUCUACAUCAACCCUCCAAAGAGCAAGCCACCCAGACCCAUUCCCCUACACUACUUUUACCUCUGACUAAUGCACCUAACACUACGGGCAAUUUAGCAUGGCCAAUCCACCUGAUCUGCACAAUCUUUGGAUUGUGGGACGAAACCGGAGCACCCGGAGGAAACCCAAGCAGACACGAGGAGAAUGUGCAAACUCCACAUAGACAGUGGCCCGAGAUUGGAAUCGAACCCAGGUGCCUGGUGCUGUGAGGUAGCAGUGCUAACCAUUGUGCUGCCCACCCAUGGGCAUUGUUAUGACAGCUUUUUACAAAUGAGUGAAUUUAACGUUUUCUUGUAAUGUGUUAAAAUCAUGUUGGCAUUCAGGUAUUGAAGAGCUGGGGGAAUGCAGUGGGUACAGCUGAUUGUUUGUGUUACUCAACAUACCACAAAUCCUGUUUGACGUGGAGACCAGGUCUUUGGCCAACCCCUCCAAUCGGCCUGAACUUCAUAGACCUAAAAGGGAAAUAUGAGACACUGGGGCAAUCAGUGCCUGGGCACAAAUUUGCAUGUUCCUGAAACGCAUCCUUUGGCCUGUCCCCCAGUUUUAUACAAUGUUGAACUUUGCCAUAGUUUCUGAGCCUAGCUUGACCAAGGCAACAAACAGUUUGUUAGUUCCUCAAUUAAUCUACAAUGUCUGCUGACUUUCAAUGACUCAUUCUGUCAAAUCUAAAUUAAGCAUUAAAAUUAAUUCUACAGUGAUUGGAACAAACUGUCAAAACUGAGUCAACUGCCUUAAUUAGACUCUCUGAAAGCACCAUCAGUCUAAAUCUUCCUCCAUAGUGUUUACUUUUCAACCCAAAUACAAUGCAAUAUGAAAAGCCUUACUGUGGUUGAAUGCUUAAAGUCAUGGGAUGAAAUCUCUUGAUAAUGGGAAGAAUGGAAAGGAAUAUCAACGCAAACAUUCUCAACAACCAGCACCAGCAUCUCCAGAUUAGCAAACUGCCCUCCAGGUACUGCUGCAGUACACUUGCAGGUCUGUAAAUGGUCUAAUUUAACCAAAUCUUGAAGCGCAAAUCAUCCCACCAGUGUGCUGUUUCUAAGAUAAUGUGAAAUUUUAAAGCAUAUGCACUGUUACCUGAUUGUUAUAGUAUAAGGUACUAUGUGUGUUACUGUAUGAUUCAUCUUUGGGCACAGUUGUGUGCAGUUUUGUAUCCAAGUCUACGUCCUGUUCUACAAUUCUACAGAGGUCAAGGAAAUGUAUCCUGCAAAUCAUUUUUUGCUAGAUAUUAUGUUCAGGGAGGCAUCAUGUGACUAACUGCAAACUUAAAAUAGCUGUUUUGUUUGCUUUUUAAGACUUUGGAAAGCAAAUUCACAUUCUCUCCCUCCUAAACAUAACCAUGAUGUGUGUCUCACUUUCUUUCUGACAUUUAUUUGGUAAAGUAAUUGAUUUUUUUAGGCACUAAACUAGAGAUAGAAAAAGACUGCUAUUCAAAAUAAUUAUCCUAUGUGUUCUGUCUUUUAUCAAUGACAAGCUUUGGUACUGUUUUAUAGAGUUUGGUUAUCAUUUAACAAGGAUUAGAUUAGAUUAGAUUACUUAGUGUGAGAACAGGCCCUUCGGCCCAACAAGUCCACACCAACCCACCGAAGCGCAACCCACCCAUUCCCCUACAGUUACCCCUUUUACCUAACACUAUGGGCAAUUUAGCAUGGCCAAUUCACCUGACCUGCACAUCUUUGUGACUGUGGGAGGAAACUGGAGCACCCGGAGGAAACCCACGCAGACACGGGGAGAAUGUGCAAACUCCACACAGUCAGUCGCCUGAGUCGGGAAUUGAACCCGGGUCUCUGGCGCUGUGAGGCAACAGUGCUAACCACUGUGCCGCCCUUGCUUAUACCUUUUCAUUUUUUCAUGGGAUGUAUGUAUAAUUGGCACAUUACAUUGCCUUUGAAUUAAAUGGCUUUGACCCUUUCAGAGGACAAUUGAGCGUCAGUUGAAUUGCCUGAGACCUGGAGUAUGUGACUAGAUCAAGUAAGGAUGACUGGUUUCAUUCUAUAAAUGACGUGAGAAUUAGAUUAUUACAACAAUUGAUGAUUGUCUCAUGGUCACCAAUAGUGAAACUAGCUUUCAGUAUUGGAAUUUUAUUAAUGGAAACAAAGGCCCUGAGAGCAUUAAACUCAGUUUCUGGUUAACUAGUCCAGUGAGACCACUACUGCCUCUAUCACAUACCUUUUUUUAUUUCAAAAAUAUUCUUUAUUCGUAAAAUAUUCAUAAAAUAAUUUGAUACACUGUACAUUAGGUAAUGCCAUACAUAUGUCAACAUUUACAUACACAGCUCAGAAUUAUCAUUAUUACGUACAGGUCUGUGCAUUUCUCGCUCUUAUGCCCAUAUAUUGAGCUGAGGCGUCAGCAGAGCCUAAAUGACUGCAUGGGCCCCCUGAUCAUCUUUAGACAGGCAGAUGUUAAACGGUGGUCUUUCCCCACUGCGCCCUGGCGGCAGCUGCCCCAAGCUUCAGCGUGUCCCUCAACACGUAGUCCUGGACCUUGGAAUGUGCCAGUCUGCAACACUCAGUCGGGGUCAACUCCUUCAGCUGGAAGAUCAACAGGUUUCGGACCACCCAGAGAGAGUCCUUCACCCCGUUGAUGAUCUUCCAGGCGCCGUUGAUGUUCGUCUCGGUGUGCGUCCUGGGGAACAGGACGUAGAGCACGGAGUCCCGCGUCACGGCGCUGCUCGGGACGAACCUCGACAAAUACCACUGCAUUCCUCUCCAGACUUCCUCUGCAUAGGCACGUUCCAGAAGGGAGGUGUGUGAGGGCAGCGUGCGGUGCGGCUGAGAGUCCAGGCGUGAUCUCACAGGUAGAGCCCUUCUCGCCACCAGCCAAGCCAUAUCUUGGUGCUUGUUGGAAAGUUCUGGCAAUGAUGCAUUCUGCUAAAUUGCUUUGACAGUCUGCUCAGGGAACUGCUCGAUAGGAUCCGCCCCCUCCUUUUCCCGAAGGGUCUCAAGGACACUACGUGCUGACCACUUCCUGAUGGACUUAUGGUCAAAGGUGUUUUUCUUCAAAAAUUUCUCCACGAAGGACAGGUGAUAUGGAACGGUCCAACUACUCAGAGCGUUCCGCGGCAGCGAGGCCAGGCCCAUCCUUCGCAACACCGGGGACAGGUAGAACCUCAGUACGUAGUGACACUUGGUGCUUGCGUACCGGGGAUCUAUGCACAGCUUGAUGCAGUCACACACAAAGGUGGCCAUCAGGGUGGGGGUGGCAUUGGGUGUAUUUUUUCCCCCGUUGCCCAGAUCUUUGUAUAACGAGUCCCUUCGGACCCAGUCCAUCUUUGACCUCCAUAUAAACUGGAAGAUGGCCCGGGUGACUGCAGCGGCGCAGGUUCUGGGAAUAGGCCAGACCUGUGCCACGUACAACAGCAAUGACAGUGCCUCACACCUGAUGACCAGGUUUUUACCUGUGAUGGGGAGCGACCGUAGCCUCCAUCUGCCUAGUUUCUGCCUCACAUUACUGAUACACUCCUCCCAAGACUUGGCACACGCCCCAGCCCCCCCGAACCAAAUACCCAGCACCUUCAGGUGGUCGGUCCUGACGGUGAAGGGGAUCGAGGAUUGGUCGGCCCAGUUUCCGAAGAGCAUGACCUCACUCUUACCUCGGUUUACCUUGGCCCCUAAGGCCCGUUCGAACUGGUCACAUAUGCACAUGAGUCUGCGCACGGACAGCGGAUCCGAGCAGAAAACGGCGACGUCAUCCAUGUACAGGGAGGCCUUAACCUGCAGACCCCUGCUGCCAGGAAUAGUCACCCCUCUCAGGCUCGCAUCCUUCCUGAUGGACUCGACAAAUGGCUCUAUGCAGCAAACAAACAAGGCAGGAGAGAGAGGGCAGUCCUGCCUGACUCCAGAUCUGACUGGGAAGCUAUCUGAUUCCCACCCAUUGGUUGAGACUGCACUGGCAAUGUUGGUGUAGAGCAGUCGGAUCCAAUUGCAGAUUCCCUCCCCAAAGCCCAUUUUGGAGAGAACAUCUCUCAUAUACCUGUGUGAUAUCCUGUCAAAGGCUUUCUCCUGGUCCAGGCUGAUCAGGCAGGCGUCCAACCCUCUGUCCUGCACGUAGGCGAUCGUAUCCCUGAGGAGUGCGAGACUCUCAGCAACCUUCCUGCCCGGCACAGCACAGGUUUGGUCAGGGUGAAUCACCGACCCCAGAGCAGACCUGACCCGGUUGGCGAUUACCUUUGACAGGAUUUUGUAAUCUGCAUUCAACAGUGUGAUCGGUCUCCAAUUUUUGGGUUCCUCCCUCUCCCCCUUCCGCUUAUAAAUGAGGGUGAUGAUGCCUUUCCUCAUGGAUUCGCUCAUGGUACCCGCCUGAAGCAUACUGACAUACACCUCCAGCAGGUCCUGGCCAAUCAAGUCCCACAGAGCGGAAUAGAGCUCGACCGGUAAGCCGUCGCUUCCGGGAGUUUUAUUCUUUUCGAAGGACUCGAGGGCCUUGGUCAGCUCGUCCAGAGAUAGCGGCUGGUCCAGCCUCUCGCGUGUUCUGUCGUCUAAGAUCUCUGUGAUAGACGACAGGAAUGACUGGGAGGCCGCGCUGUCGGUCGGCUUCGCGUCAUACAGACUGGCGUAGAAGGAUUUACUGAUCCUCAUGAUGUCAGCCUGAGAUGACGUUAUCGAGCCGUCUUCUUCCUUCAGGCUGCUGAGCACAGAGCUCUCUUUGUGCACCUUCUGGAAGAAGAAAUGUGAGCACAUCUCGUCCUGCUCCACCGAGCGGACCCUGGACAGGAAGAUUAUCUUGGAGGCCUCCGAGGCAAAGAGCAAGGCUUGCUGGCCCUUCACCUCCUUGAGGUCCUCCGUGACAUCAACCCCCAUUGUCUGCAGCAGGAGCAGGUUCUGCAUACUUUCCUGGAGCUGGGACAGUUUUCCCCGCCUCUCUCUCGCCUCCUGAACACCUUUUGAGGAUGAAGAACCUCUUGAUGUUCCCUUUUACUGUUUCCCACCAGUCUGCUGGAGACUCAAAGAGGGGCUUCACGGUUCUCCAACCUGCGUAAUCCCUCUUGAGCUCCUCGAUGUUUCCCGGGGUCAACAGCUUUGUGUUCAGCUUCCACGUUUCCUUACCAGCCUGCUGCUCGUCCUGUAGGUGACAGUCGGCCAGCAGGAGGCAGUGGUCAGAGAAGAACACCGGCUUGAUGUCGGUGGAUCUGACCGAGAGCGUUCGGGACACAAACAGGUAAUCUAUCCUUGAGCGGAUAGACCCGUCUGCCCGUGUCCAGGUGUAUCUACGCUGCGCUCCGUCUGCAGGGGUGCUGAAGACAUCGUGCAGCUUGGCAUCUUUUACCGCGUCCAUCAGGGCUCUGGACAUGGCGUCCAGUUUACUGUCCCCCCGCCAGAUUGUCCAUCUGCAUCAAUGAUACAGUUGAAGUCUCCGGCCAGAAUGACCGGCCUGGACGUAGCCAGCAACAGUGGAAGCUGCUGCAGGACGGCCAACCGUUCACUCUUACCCACUGGGGCAUACACAUUAAUCAGUCUCAGGGGAGCAUUCUUGUACAUAACGUCGGCGACGAGGAGGUGUCCACCCACCACCUCCUUAACCUCGGAGAUGGUGAAGUUGCUCCCUCGCAACAGGAUACCCAGGCCAGAGGUGUGGCUAUCGUUGCCCCCCGACCAAACUGACGGCCCAUGGGCCCACAAGCUCGACAAUCUCCUGUAGCUGCUGAGGUGCGGUAUCCCACACUCCUGCAGAAACAGGAGGUCGGCUUUAACGCUGGCCAGAAAGGCCAUCGUUGAAACACAUCGCGUAGCUGAUUUGAUGCUACGCACAUUGAUGCUGGCAAUUUUAAACCCCAUUUUAACAAUUUACAAGGUUAGCAGUGUCCAUUUGCUGCUGGUCUUGCUCCUCUGGGGUAGCUGUGUGCAUCCCUGUGGUGACGGCAAACUGCUGGACCAUCCCAAGGCAGAGGUAGCUGUCCGGCUCCACGCUGGAGCCACUUCCCCGCUCUGGUGUCUUUGUGUCGAACCCAGGGUCCGCACCAUCCAGUUCUGCAUCUGACAGCGUGGCUGUCACAGGACUGCUGCUCCUAGUUACCUGGAGCUGUGGGCCGGUGGGUACCUCUUGGUUCUCACCGGGUCGGGGGAGGCCUUUACCCAUCCCCUCAGAGGGAUCGUCUUUCCCUUUGGUGCUGCCCUCCUUUCUCCCCAUGGCGCUCUGUCUCUUCCUCUGGUGGCGACCCUUCUUGCGCCCGUCCUCACCGUCGGAAGAGCUGCCUGUGUCCUCGACUUGCAGGUGUCGCUUCCCCCUUCCCUGGGUGGCUUUGGGGCCCCAGAGAGGUUUCUCUCCCUGUUUUUGACUGUGAUCCAAUCCUCUGCCUCCUUUGAUCCCUCCUCUUCCAUUUCCUCCGUCUGCCUUGAAGGAGCUUGGAUCGGCUGCUGCACCUCCCUGCUUUCUGCUUUCUGCUGUCUGCUGUCUGCCAUCUGCUCCACUACCGCCUGCUCUUCCUUCUGGGUGCCUCCAGGCACCGUUCCUGUGCUAUUUUGUGGUGCCUCUGUUGGUCCACGGCUCGUGUUGCCACCUCCGGCCAUCUGUGUGUAGGUGGCGGCUCCUUGUCUUGGGCAGGCCUUGUACAUGUGGCCCGCCUCUCCACACAGGUUACAGUUCUUGGCCUCCUUACAAUCCUUGGUCGGGUGGCCUUCCUGCUUGCAGUUUCAGCAUACGGUCACCUUACAGUUGGCUGCCAUGCGGCCUGACCUCCCGCAGGUUCGGCACACCUUCGGCUGCCCUGCGUACGUCAGGUAGCCUCUGCUUCCUCCGAUGGCGAAGCUGGAGGGUGGGUGGAGGAUGUUCCCGCUGCCAUCGACCCUCAGGGUUACCUUGACCUGUCUUUUACUGGUCCAGAUCCCGAAAGGAUCGACCACAUCGGUGCUUUCUCCUUCGACCUGGACAUACCUCUUCAAGAAGGUGAGAACAUCUGCCGCUGGGACGUAAGGGUUGUACAUUUGGAUUGUAACAACCCGACUUCUUUGCGCAGGAAGCACACACAACGGGACCGCCGACAAGAUGGAGAACAGAGGUUCCCCUUCCUUCUCCUUGAAGACCUUCAGGAGCUGCUCACAAUGCUUCACACUCCUGAAGGUCACAUCGAAGUAGCCUGCCCCAGGGAAAUCCUGCAGGCAGUACCCGUCCGCUGCUGCAAACCCACAGCACUCCAGCAAAACCUUCUUCAUAAACCCCAUCCGAUCGACUUGUGUGUGCUCCUCCACCUUCUUCACAGUCACCCUGACUGUGUUGCGAAUGCUCUGGCCAGGGCUGCGAGCGGCUGCUGAGGCCAUAGCUCUGAGGUUGGCUGAUACCUGAAUUGGCGUUAGGCCGAAGCCAGCAUAAAAGAUCCACCAAGAGCAGGUCAGCACAACCAAACGAUCCUCCAACGGCCAAUCACGAUCCAGCGAUGGUCUCCAGCAGCUCCAACGACUCGCAGCACGAACCCCUUGGUUUCUCCCCCGCCAGCGCAAGUCCGCAGCGUCGCUCCUGCAGCUCACGAGCAGAAUCUCUUCCUCUGGACCUCAGGAACUACACAUAUUCCAAGCCAAAAGGCUGAGAAGCCUCUCUCAACAUACCACUCCACCCAUUUCACUUUGCAUCCAAAUGCCCAUUUGUUUCUGCUUCACUUAUUGUUUACUCAGUUUCUAAUUUUUUAACCAAUUUUUAAGUAGAAUGUAGCAAAAUAUUGGAGAAUGAUAUGUUGAGCAAAUUAAAGAUUUGUUCCCAACCAGCCAGGGAUUAAGCUUGUGUUUGUGCUGAUAUCCUGAUGGCAUGUUAAUAACAUUUUUAAUUUUAUGUAAUCAUCUUUCAAAUUCCUCGCAAAGUUUGUGACCUGAUGUCUCAGUAUUUUGGUUUUUUUUUA